UAUCCAAGAGUCUUGAUAGGGUGCUGUUACUUAUAAAUAUAUCUCGUAUCCAAGAGAAUUCUCUCAACAAAAGCAAAACUGAAACUCUCUUGAUCUUCUACUGUCGUUCAGUAAACUACUGAAAAAUCUUGGAUCUCGUCUCAGAUCUUCUCCACAACGAUUCGAAGGCAUUCACGAAACCCAAUACUGAAGAUAUUCCACAACUAUCACUGAAAUUUUCCAGUUAAGAAUCUAAGCAACGGUUUAUCUUUCACACUAUGGAAACAUUGGAGAUCCAUUCCAAGGACUUCUUGGUCAAAUGGGUCCAUGCGCCCGACAACUGUGUCAUUGACUGGCAAGUUAAACCGCUCAAAAAGUCCAUCAACUUCGCCAUUUACAAGUUGAAUGACGAGACGCCCAGUGAAAACUCAGUAGAGUCUUUCCAGGCUCCACCUCCUAUAGGCCAUAACGAUUCUUCAACCAGUGUAAAUGGUUCUAGCAGAAUCAGAUCAAGUUCGGUCACUUCGGUCAACCAGAUCACCAAUAACAACAACCCCUACAAAACCAAGUCAAGGUCGUCGACCUUCUCCACGAAUUUGAUCAACUCGGACUUGACGUUGUUGAAGAACUACAACAAGUUGAUUGCGGGGGAGUUGGUCCACGGCAAGUUUGACGUAGCCAAAGACGGAAUGUACGCCUUUGUCUUUGACAACUCCUUCUCUAAAACGACUGGAAAGAAGGUCUUUUUCAGUAGCAAAAUCGUUUCUGACAAUGCUGCUGUUUCCAGAAGAAAAUCCGUCGCAAGACUGUCUAGCAACAUUCUUCGUCCCAAGAACGGAGAGUUGUUACAAAGUAUCUUGUUGAAAAAGAGAAGAAAGAAGCUUCAGGGCUUCACCAAGAGGUACUUUGUUCUUAACUUCAAGUACGGCACCUUAUCGUACUUCCGAGUCAAGGACAAUAAGUUGAGAGGUCAAAUGCCAAUCAAACAUUCCAUCGUCAGUGCCAAUGCGAAAUCAAGAGAAAUAUUUAUAGAUUCAGGUAUGGAAGUGUGGAAUUUAAAGGCUUUGAACGAGAAAGAAUUCAAUGCUUGGGUUGACGCUUUCAACCAAAUCAAGAAAUCCAGCGACGAAACACCAACUGAAGAAGCCUUUUAUGAAGAAGAAGAACAGGGCAUUCUUGCUCUGGAAUUGGAAUCGAUUUCGACAAAGUUGACCCAGCUCAAAAUGACUACAGGGGAUAACGCUCCAGCUGCUAAAUUGGUCGAUAGCAUCUCGUUAGAUAUCAACAGCUUGUUAGCCAGAGUGAUACCAGCCAACAGAAACUCACUACAUGAUCUAACAUCAGUUAAAUCGUCUUCUGAGUUCUACGAUGCCCAGGAGUACCUCGAUGUAAUGAGCUCUGGUGUUGUUCUUUUGGACACGCCAAUACCACCAUUAGAGAGCAAGGUUAUCGGCCAGCUAGAAACGCCAUCUGAUGAAAGCAUAGAUGAAAACUUAGAUGGCUUGUCGUUGUCGUCGUCUUCUUCAGAAGAAGAUGAAGACAUUGAGCCAACCAAACCUGUUGAAGUAAUCCAGAAAGUCAAGCUGGCAGAUGACAGUGACGAUACUUUAUAUCCCUUACCUCAUGACCCAAUCGAGAGAGAAUCGGAUAUUCCCGUGUGUAACCAUACCCCUCCUAGUAUAUUGGCCUUUGUACGUAAGAAUGUCGGUAAGGACUUGUCCACUAUUGCCAUGCCGGUGACAAUGAACGAGCCUAUUACUUUCUUGCAAAAGUAUGCCGAAAUAUUUGAGUAUAGCGAUUUGAUCAACAACGCUUUGCAGCCCAGUUUUUCCGACGAGUCCGGUGAAAAGAUCUUGAGAAUCGCUGCCUUUGCUCUCAGUUACCUUUCCAGUGCCAGAGUCAAAGAAAGAAACAACCGUAAACCCUUCAACCCAUUGUUAGGAGAAACGUUUGAGUUGGUCAGAGAAGAUCGUGGAAUCCGUGUAGUCAGUGAAAAGGUUAGCCACAGGCCACCUGUAUUUGCUUUCUUUGCCGAAUCAGAAAAGUGGGACUUGUCGUUUAAUCCAGCUCCUAACCAGACUUUCUGGGGUAAGAAUGCUGAAAUUGUAACGAAGGGUACUGCCAAGUUAACCAUUAAGUCAACCGGUGAGGUGUUCACUUGGUCUCAUCCAGCUACUUUGUUAAAGAAUAUCAUCGCUGGUGAAAAGUAUUCCGAGCCCUCAGCUCCUAUGACGAUCAAGUCAUCUUCUGGUUACAAGGCUGUUGUAGAGUUUGCUAAGGGAGGUUUGUUCAGCGGCAGAUCUGAGGAUUUGACCAUCAAGGCAUUCAACCCCAACAAGAAGCAAUUAGCAUAUACUGUCAGCGGAAAGUGGACCGAGUCCUUGACGUUGAAAACUAACACCACUGAAAAGUUGAUCUGGGAAGUUGGUGACUUGUUGCCUAACUCCAACAAGAAGUUUGGUUUCACUGCAUUUUCUGGUACUUUGAACAAAAUCUAUGCCAUUGAAGAUGGUAAAUUGCCACACACAGAUUCUAGGUUGAGACCAGACAUACAUACCUACGAGAAAGGUGACGUCGACAAGGCUGAAGCACAAAAGGUUGAAUUGGAAGAGAAGCAGAGAGAAAGAAGAAAAGAAUUGGAAGAAAGCGGGAAGUCUCAUGUACCCAACUUCUUUACCCAAGUUAGUGGCGACACUCCUGACUCGGGUGAAUGGGCUUACAUCAGAGGAAAGAAGAGUUAUUGGAAUAGAAGAAAGCAUGGCGAUUGGGAUGACAUCACCAGACUCUGGUAGUCAUGAAUUAGCUUGGAAUGUCUAAAAGUUAUCAUAUUUAUGAAGUUGUACAAUUCUAUAUAUCAUAGC